UAAAGGACGGAAGGGUCGUGUCUUGCAAGACUGUGGUAUAGGUACUGGCCGAUACAGCAGAUCCUGACUUUAUACAGGCUCAGCCGACGCCCGGGCCCUUAUACAACAUAUGGUAUCAGAAGGAGAUACCAUAAACAAAGCUUCAUUGACAGACCGCGGACCCUGGGUCUAAAGCUACAGAGAAAGAGACAAGACAAGACAAAGACUGAGAGUUGACCUUAAAGAAGUAGGCGUGACAACAUUAACAUACACCACUGCACCGUUGAUGGCUUCCCGAUCUGAUGAUGCCUUUACAAGAGCUGUUGGGCCCUACCUGUUACAGAGGACUCUGGGAAAGGGGCAGACUGGUCUUGUGAGAUUGGGAGUUCACUGUGUGACUGGUAAAACUGUGGCAGUCAAGAUCAUCAACCGUGAAAAACUGAGCAAGGCGGUGCUGUUAAAGGUUGAACGGGAGAUUGCCAUUAUGAAGUUGAUACAUCACCCUCACGUUCUGGGGCUGUUUGACGUCUACGAGAACAGCAAGCAAUUGUAUCUAGUGUUGGAGCAUGUGUCUGGAGGAGAGUUGUUUGAUUACCUCGUCAGAAAGGGAAAACUGUCCGAGAAAGAGGCCCGGAGAUUCUUUAGACAGAUAGUGUCAGCUGUGGACUUCUGUCACAAACACAAAGUUUGUCAUCGAGACUUGAAGCCAGAGAAUCUCUUAUUGGACGAGAACAAGAACAUUAAGGUGGCAGACUUUGGUAUGGCUUCUCUACAAGUGGGACAGAAAAUGCUGGAGACCAGCUGUGGGUCUCCCCACUAUGCCUGCCCUGAAGUGAUUAGAGGAGAGCAAUAUGAUGGUAGGAAGGCAGAUGUUUGGAGCUGUGGAGUCAUCUUAUUCGCUCUGCUAGUUGGUGCCCUCCCCUUUGAUGAUGAUGACCUCCGACAACUGCUUGAGAAGGUGAAGAGAGGUCACUUCCAAGUCCCCUCGUAUGUACCCUCUGGUGUACAGCAGCUCCUCAGGGGAAUGGUCGAGGUCAACCCAAAGAAGAGAUUGACUUUGGAUGAGGUUAUCAGGCAUCCUUGGUUUAAAGGGAAUCAAGACUUGGAGCCACACAUGCCUAUUCAAGAUGUUGUCGAGACCUACCCAAUUGACGACCAGAGCGGUAUUGAUCCAGACGUCUUUGACAGUAUGGCCUCCCUCGGCUGCUUCAAAGACAAGUCUGUGCUUGCUCAAGCUCUCCUCAGCGCAGAUCCUAAUGAAGAGAAAAUUGUCUAUUUCCUGUUGCUAUCACACAAAGAGAGACAGCCCAGCUUUGAGGAUGAGGCCAAGGCUCCUGGUGCCUUGGAGAAAGAUCCACCAAGGAAGAGAAUCGACUCACGUUCAAUGUCUACACCGCAUCUGCAGGCUCAACGAUCAAGGGCCCAGUCAAUAGGUUCUGCUAAUUUGGACCAGCUCCCUCCACGCUCCCCCAGACUCAGUGUCACCAACAGGCCCUCUAACUACUCCACCUCCUCUGGGGACUAUUAUACCUACACAAGUGCCUCUCCAGGUAGGGGACGGAAAACCAGCCAUGCCGGAGUGGAACAAGUGGGACAGGCGGCCACUCUACAGCCGGGGUUAUCUCCACCCACCACUCCUAGUGCUCCAUGGAGACGCAAACUGUCACAGACAAUGAAGCACUUGACCGUGUCACCUCGGUUUCAUCGUAAACGCUACGAGGGUGGUGAAACAGAGGCCAGCUCUCCUGUCAUGCCCAAACGAUCUUGGUUCUCAAACUUCCGUUCAGAAAAAGAGAAAGGAGAAGUUGUGGUUGUGCUCAGAGACAUGAGCUUCCCAGACCUCAAAUCAUCAAUCCUCCAAUCCUUCACAAUUGUAAACUGUCAUUACGAGGAAAUCAGUGAGGGUAGCUUUAAAAUAAAAUACGAAAAGUCAGCACGGCAGAAAGGCAAAGCUGUUUUCAAAAAGGCAGUCAAGCUUACCCUCACUGUCAUGCCGACUCAGACCAUCUCAGACAACAGUAUUCCCUUUGACGGCAAGACCUUCUCAGCCACUUUCACACAAACUGCAGGUCCUACUAGGAGGUUUCGAAGAGUUUGUGAGAAGCUACAAGCAGCCAUUGUCAACCCAAAUGCAAUCAAUCCAAAUGCAAUCAAUCCAAUGUGUCUGGAGACCACUCAGAGUAUCAGUUCAGACGAGGCCCUUGCUCCAAGUCCCCCGAUUCUAUUGAACUCUACUGACGAUACUGACGAGAGUCCUAUCAACAGACACAAUGGCCGCCCACCCCCACUCUUGACCAGUUUCGAUUCUACAGACAUUGAUAGUGACGAUGGAACUUAGCAUUUUUUUGAGCUAUAGAACACCUUUUAUUUCCAGUGCUUGUUUUGCAGACGUUUUUGUGUAUGUUGUAAAUAAUUAUUAUGUAGCAUAAUGUUUUAUUGGUCAGUGUG